UAAAAUAAAAGAAUUAUAAUGAAAUACUCCCGUAAGAAGAACGCCAAUUCACGGGACCCACAAGAGAAUAACCCAAUCAGAAGCUCUCAACAGAGGCCGGUCCACCCAUCUAUAAAUACCGCCACCACAGUCGAAAACAAAUUCGCCCGAUUCUGUUGCUCCCUUUCUUUAUAUAUAUAUUCGAUCGAAAACCUCUGCUCUCUUGCCCACCCAAAGUUCCUUCGGGCAUUCAACAGUCGCCCCCUCUAUAGGAGGAUAAUCUGCUCAGGUUUCGCAAUGGCAUCGAAGCGGAUCUUGAAGGAAUUAAAGGAUUUACAGAAGGAUCCUCCUACAUCUUGCAGCGCUGGUCCAGUUGCUGAAGACAUGUUUCACUGGCAGGCAACAAUCAUGGGUCCACCAGACAGUCCUUAUGCUGGGGGAGUUUUCCUGGUGACCAUCCAUUUUCCUCCAGAUUAUCCCUUUAAGCCUCCGAAGGUGGCAUUUAGGACAAAGGUAUUCCACCCCAAUAUCAACAGCAAUGGAAGCAUUUGCCUAGACAUCUUGAAGGAGCAAUGGAGUCCUGCGCUGACAAUAUCCAAGGUAUUGCUCUCAAUCUGUUCUUUGCUGACGGACCCAAACCCCGAUGAUCCAUUGGUGCCGGAGAUUGCUCAUAUGUACAAGACGGACAGGAACAAGUACGAGACAACUGCAAGGAGCUGGACCCAGAAGUAUGCCAUGGGCUAAACGAGCUUUGUCGUGUGUAAGGGGAAACCCCGUGUUCUUUUUAAUUUUUUUCAUAUACUGUUUUUUUAAGGAAAGGUCUAUGCAUAUGAAUGUUUGUUCUGUCACUUGAAAACUUGAGUGAACAUAAAGGAGGU